CCGGCGAGCGGGCGCCCGUAUCGCCACAGCCGUCGGUGGACCGGCUGUCGGUGACCUGGGCCGAGGCCAGCAUGAGCUCGGCCGCGCCGCCGCCGCCCGCCACUGACAGCCCCAACGAGGUCAAGUUCUCUCCUACUGCUGGAGAUGGUUCAGAGGACGAGGACUACUCGGCGAGCCUGAGCGCUGUGCUCCGGCAGCGGCGCGCGUCCGUGCGAAGGUCAAGGAAAGGUCGCGCGCGCAGACCCUCAUCCCCCUUCAUGGCUGAUGAACCGCGCGGCCGGCGCCGCUCCUCCGCCUUCACCAGCAGCUCGGGAGAUACCGCGAUAUCGAUGGAGGAGGGCCCCCCGGGCGCGGUGACGCAGGAGCAGAUCUUCCAGAACAUCCACCUGCACAAGGAGGUGCUGGUCUCCGUGAAGCAGCAGCCGCUCGGCAUGAGGAGGAAGCUCAAGAUCGUGCAUCAGGCUAAAGGCUACAUCAAGAGACACGAGGGUCAGCUUCAGGAGCGCCUGGCGCAGUCCAAGUGUACCCGGGACAUCUACGCACGAUUCAAUAUCCUUAUUAAUACUAAAUGGCAACAACUGAAGCGGGAGGCCGCCAACACGUCCAACGUGCUGAUCCCCUGGGAGUUGAGGAUCAAGGAGAUCGAGUCGCACUUCGGCUCGGUGGUCGCCUCGUACUUCACCUUCCUGCGCUGGCUGUUCUGGGUCAACCUCGUCAUCGGAUUCAUACUCAUGGUCUUCGUUAUUGUACCUGAGUAUGUAACUGCCAAACCGCACCAAGAUGGAGAGAGGAAAAUAAUAAUGGAAGAGGAACGUGGCAACGCCACCAAUCUCCUGACACUGUGGGAGUUCGAAGGUGUACUGAAAUGCUCCCCGAUUUUCUACGGAUAUUAUACAAAUGUCGAGCGGGCGGAGUACCGAAUGCCUCUCGCGUAUUUUCUAACAGGACUGGUGGUGUAUAUUUACAGCUUUGUCGCCACGCUAAGGAAGAUGGCGGAAAACUCCCGCAUGUCAAAGCUGUCGGAGAAGGAGGACGAGUGCAUAUUCUCGUGGAAACUGUUCACCGGCUGGGACUUCAUGAUCGGCAACGCGGAGACCGCCCACAACCGGAUAGCGUCCGUCAUUCUGAGCUUCAAGGAAGCGCUGCUGGAGGAAGCUGAGAAGAAAAAGGAUCUGAGGAAUUGGCGCAUAAUUUCUCUACGAGCAUUCGUGAACAUUUGCGUAGUAAUACUACUGGCCAUAUCGGCCUGGGCCGUAGUCAACGUUGUCUCUCGCUCCGAUGACAACCCGAAGGUGAGGAGCUGGUGGAGGGAGAACGAGACGACUAUAGUUGUCACAGUCAUAUCGAUCACAUUCCCACAGUUCUUCGAGCUGUUGGGGUUUUUGGAGCACUACCAUCCUCGCAAACAGCUGAGGCUCCAGCUUGCUAGAAUUAUGCUGCUGAAUUUAUUAAACUUGUACUCACUCAUAUUUGCUCUAUUCAGCAAGAUUGAUGGCAUGAGUGAGGCGUUAGAUAGUUUGAAACCCACCUUGAAUAUGAAUGCAUCGAAGCUACCCGUAAAUUUUACUGAAACACUUACAAUUAAUAUUACUACAACAUGUACAGAAAUAAUGGUGCCUUGCCCUCCUCAUCAUAUAAUUUUCACAGUACCUACUGAAAGUAUAGAAGAAAUUACUACGUUAGUGAUGACAUCCCCGUAUAAUAUAGUCAAACAAACACAUAAUUACCAGAGCUACCCUGAAGUUAACAAUCUGGAAAUGGCAAAUUUAAUUAUGAAACAAGCGGAAAACAAGACAAUAAAUUUGCAUAUUGAUGUGAUACCAAUAAAACCUUUGAAUAAUAGUAAUAAAUACUAUCCUAUCGAGAACCUGGUUGUUAAUACAAAAGAAGAUGAAUCGACAACAGCUAGUUUCAUUGACCCAGUACUACAAGAUGAACUAAAAAGAUUGAGAGAAAUAGUUACAAAGAACGGUACAGUAGUUUUUAAUGAAUCAAGUGCAGAAUAUGAUGAUGAUUACACAUUCGAUACUGCUCUAACACUAUCCGAUUAUUACGAAACAUCGCAAACUAUAUCUAGUGAGGAUUUCAACACAAACACCGUAACGAACUAUUAUACAGAAACUUCUCCUAUUGAACAGAGUACUUAUGAAAAGAACACAGAUAGUUUAAUAGAAAGUACAACCCAACCGUAUGAUGAUAUUUACAGCACAACUGAAGAAACGACAGUUGAUUUAACUUUAUCUGAAACUGACAGUGCCCGCACGACUUCUGAAGAAACCAUUAGUACUGAAGCAGUUCAAAAAGUUCCUACAUUUUCUUAUACAAUGGAAGAAAAUACCAUACCUUCUACUGAAAACCCACUACAAUCUACCCAUACAUCUACAACAGUCGAACAAACAACCUUCAAUACAUGGGCAAAUACAUCUAAUUUCUUUAACAUAAAUGACUUGAGUAGCACAAUUAGCUCAAUAGGAUUUACGACAUCAUGUCCUAUUAUAUCUUUUAAUUGUACAAUUCACUGUGGCAGAGAUAACAUUACUCAAGUUUUUACCAUACUAAAUUGCACUGUAAUUGAAAGAAAAUGUUACAAAAUGCAGUGUAAAUUGGAAGAAUUUGACGUGGAAGAGUUGAAAAGAAAUCUAACUCAUAAUAUAUCAGUAGAUGUGGCAUACAUUGAUCAACAUAACAGGAAAAUGUAUAAUUUGACACGACAUACUAAGAAAAAGCUGUUAAAGUUGUGCUGGGAAACUAUGUUUGGGCAAGAGUUAGUAAAGCUAACAAUGAUGGAUUUGGUAUUUGUCUUACUCGGCACCCUUUUUAUGGACUUUUUUAGAGCUCUUUUCGUACGCUACAUGAACAGAUGCUGGUGUUGGGAUCUAGAAAAGAAGUUUCCAGAAUAUGGAGAUUUCAAGAUUGCUGAAAAUAUCCUUCAUCUAAUUAAUAACCAAGGCAUGGUUUGGAUGGGAAUGUUCUUUUCUCCAGGACUUGUGGUCCUUAAUGUCUUUAAAUUAGUCAUCAUGAUGUACCUUCGCUCCUGGGCUGUGAUGACCUGCAAUGUUCCCCACGAGGUGGUCUUCCGAGUCUCCAAGAGCAAUAACUUCUAUUUGGCUCUUUUGUUGACGAUGCUGUUUCUGUGUGUUCUCCCUGUCGGCUAUUCCAUAGUUUGGGUAAAACCGUCAUGGCAUUGUGGACCUUUCUCUGAAUAUGACAAAAUCUAUCAUAUUUUAACUAAUAACAUUUACAAGAUAUUACCUGAAAGAUUAAACUUUACUCUAGAAUGCAUAUCAUCGCCGGCUAUUGUCAUACCACUGCUAGUCUUACUUGUACUUAUCAUUUACUACUUGACAUCAUUGACUAAUUCCUUGAGGGAGGCCAACAAUGAUUUAAAGAUACAACUACGCAGAGAGAGGACAGAGGAGAGAAGGAAAAUGUUCCAGCUGGCUGAUACUAGGCGUCGGGUCGGUUCAUCAGCAAUGGAUAACACCCCCUUUGCUCGGUGGAAGAAAGCACUCCCGACUCUACCCUUAAGUAAAUCAAUUGAAUCGGAUGAAAAAACUCCUGGUGAAGAAGCUCAAGAAAUCAAAAGAGCUUCAAAACUUAAGAGAGGUGGUAUUUUUGCAAAGAUUGUGAACAUUGCUCUGGAUCGUAAAUCGGACGUGGAAGCUGUUCCAGAAAUUGAAAACGAUGAUUCCCAAUCCCCAAACAAUGAUGACACGGACACUGACUUCCACGAAACGCUACCAAAAGAUGUGUUAAAAUUCAAAGAUAUCACUGUCUCAGCUACCGCUGGCAUACGAAAGAAAAGUGACCUCAUCAGAGAAGCAUUGUUCAAAAUUAAAGAUGAAACAAAUAAGAAGAAUAAAUUACGGAUUCAAACUAGCAAUGAUGAAGAAAAAACUGACAAGAAAGCAGUGGAAAGAAAAAUAACACAUCCAGUGGAAGAUGGCAAAGAAGUAGAGAUGGUUAAAAAUGAGGAUAACGAAAAAAGGAAACCGAGCCAAAAACAGGCUUCUGAAACAAGUACGCAAUCUCAACAACACUCAACGGGCUCAGUCAUACCUGUUAUAACUAUAAGUGUAACUGAAAGUGAUGAUGAAACUUUACACACUAAAAAGUCUGUAAUCAAAAAAGUUGAUGACAAAAGCGACUCCACCGGAUUGCCAAUGAUGAAAAGUAAACCUGAUUCAAAAUCCCUUAGAAGACAGAGCAGUGUAGACAGUUUCAAGGAAUAUAAAGCGGCUUUAGAAAAAAAACCGGAGGACGGUCAUAAAUAUCAAUACUCUUUGUAGAAUUCUAGUCACUAUUUUUAAUUAAAG